AUGGACCGACAUCGGUCGUCGGCCAGCGCCCGUCGGUCGGCAACGGCCGGUCGGUCUCCCACUUCUCUGUCGCCUUCGGUUCCCCGUCGUUCUUCCACCGGGAAUAAAGUUCCUCUUUCAUCUGCUGACGGCACGUCAAGUUUUGCUUGUCGUGAAGUCUCCGUUUCCUCCCAUCUUGCGCUCUACACCAUCGGCGAUAUCUCCUCUGUGUCUUGCGAGCGCCCAAACCGGCGGAGCACCGCUGACAGCCGAGAUAGCGUCUACGGUACUCGCCAGCCUCGAUCGUCAACUACAUCUCCUACCUAUUCCGAACUGCGUUUCGCUCUCUCUUCCCCUCAUCCCAACGUCGACGACCAAACAGACGAGUCGCUGCCUGUCUCAUCUGCGGCACCCUUAGCGUCAAGUGCCUCCGUCCACACCACAGGGAAAUUGACCAUUGAAGCCGCUUCGCCUCUCUCAGAUACUUCCGUGUUGCCAAAAGAAGCGUUUGCUCCUGCCUCUCCCCCCUCAUCCGCAGGGACGAUGACAGGGACGGCACUCAGAAAACCUGGUCGGCUGUAUCCGGCUCUUGAGCCUCCUCCUUCGCCUCCACCCGCCAUCAGGCCACUGACGGCUCCCGAGAAGACAACACAGCGAGGCGGCAGUGAAUAUGCUGUUUUAACUUCAAGCGUGGCUUCACCUGUUCACCAGAAAGGCCAGCAAUGUUUCGGUGGUGAAUCAGGCGGCCUAGUUUUCGACGUCGUGACAGAAGAAAAGCCGCACAAGGGGACUAGCGGAGACGCUGGGACAACGGAUGACUCUGCUGCAGGCAAAGAGAAGAAGAUGUGCACCAGCGACGAGCGAGACGAUGAAAAGGAAAAUGCUGAGAAGGAAAACAUUCAUGUCGCUGCAAGUCCUCCGUUUUCGGUUCUACCUGCCAUCUUAAGGGCUCCGCAGUUUUCCUCACCAGGCAGUGGUAAAAGUGGUGAAGAGGCUUCGAGCCAGAAGAAUGACCAGGCGUCCCCCGCUCGUCUCGGCGGUGUCCCUACACCUCUGCGAGGAGAGAACAUGGGCGAGGACUUGAGUGGGGAGCCUGCUAUGUCUCUCCGGGCCUUUCCGUGCGCUUCUUCUCCUGUUCUGGCUGGGAGUCUCCGAAGGCUCUCAACGGUCUCAGCAGCAUCCAUUGCGCCAGGCUCUCUCCUUCGGCUCCACAUAGACACUCCAAGGAGGAAUCAACUUGCCGGCGAGUGCGCGUCACCUGUUCGCGAGAGAACGAGCACUGAGUUUCCGCGAUUCUCACCAGCCGAGCAGGCCACACCAGUGCGUUCUCUCGAAGACCGGAAAGCGGAUCGAGAUGAAAAUGAAUGUUCUCAGUCUUCUGAGGGGAACGAGCGUCUUGCUUUAAACGCCACGGGUGCUCCCUCAGGAGGGAGGACAGAAGAGUACGGCGAGUCUUUUCGGUCUUUGCCGCGGCAAAGCCCUUCUCUGGGUCGUGCUGAGGGGAGCUCGUAUUCUGCUUGUAGCUCGCCUCUUCUUCGUUCACCUGUAACGCUGCCCCGAUCCUCUUCUCCUCAGUCGUCUCGCUCCUCGUCCCCUUUCAGUUUGCGUCAUUCCUCUUGCUUUUCUAGUCUCCCGCCCUCGUCUGGUCUCGUGUCCGAAGAGAUGCGGCAUCGAACUGCGUCUCAGCGGGAAGCCAGAGACAGAACAUACGAGCAGGGAGCAAACAUUCCGACCGGGCGUCUCGGAACCGAUGUAGAGAGGAGAUCAGAGAGAAGAGACGAACAGGCGGAUGCGAACGGAGGGAAGGAGGGAGACGAGGCAGAACCAGAGACAGGCAAAGAGGGCUGGAGCCCCUAUCGUCCGGGGAGCCUCUCCGCGGCAUUUCGUCACUUGCAAGAAAAACAGGGAAAGGGACGUGAGGCGUCUCCUUUCGCACUUCGAUCUGAAGGCGAAAGCUCAUGCGUGAGUCUUCUCCUGACGCAGCCUGUUUCAUCGCCUGACAGCGAACUUGAUACGCCUGGCGAGGCUGCGGGUCAGGUCGACGAAAAGGGGAGACAGCGACCAGAAGAGAGAUAUGGAGACACGAGAGAAGAGUCGAGAGAAAGGUCUUUCCUCCAUGUCGAGUCAGAAGAGCGCAUGGAGAGCGAACGAGACGGAGAGGAUGGGCAGACUGUGACGGUCGAAACCCGCGAGGAUUUCUGGGUCGUCAAGGACAUGAGUCGCUCUGCGCCUCUGAAGCCAACGGUCAGUCUCUCAGGGACGGAGGCGGAAACGAAGGAAGGCACCGCAGAGGACAGAGCAGACCGGCACGGAGACGACGGCCAGGAAUGGACAGGGGAGAAAGAGGCGUCACAGGACCGAUCGUCUGGAGCUGGGACUCCGAGCGGUUUCGGAGACCACGUAACGAGGGAGAGCGGAGACGCUCCGAUGCCUGAUGAAGGUGGCGGAGCAACGUCCACGCUGACGCCGAAAGGACAGCAGGCGACAGAGGAGAAGAGGGACGAACGCCGCGAAAUUCCUCUAGCUGUACAACAAGGAUCUGAAGAGGAGCAGACAAGAGAGAGGCCGAGGGAUGAGGAUGAAUGGUACGAUGUGAUUGACAGCUCUCUAGACGAGACAACAGCCUUGAACACGCUGAAAAAUCGAUCUCCAUUCACGCCUCGACGCCGGCGUCUCUUUCUUCGACAGGCUGGAGCAGCCUCUGGCGUGUGGACGCUGAACUCUCUUUCCGAUUCAGGCCAGAGCCCGGAGAGCGGAGCGAGCAGAGGGCCCUCGUUUGGUACCCCUGUGGGGUCGCGGGCAGAGGCGGGAGGCCAGGCAGGAGAGAGCGUCGCAGAAGAGAAAACACUGAGAGACGCAGAACAGAGUGGAAAGCAAGGCGAGUGGAAUGAGAAGCAGAAAAGAGAACGAACGCACGAUACCGAUGGAGAGGACCAAGGGGGAAAGGGACUGGAGAAAGGAAGGAGGGCCAGCGCUCCCGAAGACAGAAGACACGACUCGUCAUUCGGAGUGAAUCUUUCUUCGCCGUCUUUCUCGCUUCCUCUCCCUUCUCGAAAAAAGCCGACGCUUGCCCCUGCGGCCCCAUCACCUCUUCGUCCUGGAGAGGAAGAAGAGGCCGCUGCAAGAAAGAGAAGAAAGUCUUCUCCGUCUUUGGCAGCUGAUACCGUCUCUUCCCCGUCCAAAGCAGCGGCCGCCUCUGCGGCUCCCUCGACGGACACAGCCGAGGGCCGGACGUCGCUCGACGAGUUCGAGAGCCCCUCCUCUCGUCACAGUAGCUUUAAGAAGAUGUCUCCUUGCUCGAUGCAUGCUUUAAACACUUCCUCAGUCUCCCCUUCGUUUCCUUCCUGCGCUUCGGUUGGUCGCCACGUCGUUCACGAAGACCAGCGAGAAAGCCCAGAAGAAGGUGGGAAGGGCGAUGAGAACACUCCACGGACAAAGAAGAAAGUCGAGUUCGGUUCGGCUUCUGUCGCAGUUUUCGUAGACAGUCCAAACAGUUACAGAAGUCCGCUGUUCCCUGAUCGGUCCACUCCUCUCUCUGAUCACGGCCACGAACAGCAAACCCCCUCCUCUCCUCUUCCUUCAUCUGCGUCACCUGCCUCUGCCUAUGUUUCCUCUUCUUCCUCUUCCGCUGUUGUCUCUUCGGUGUCUGGGCCAGCUCGUCCGUCGCCUCUGGAGGAGCUGACCCGAGCAGAGAGAUGUGAACGCGCAGCGCCUGCAAUGGGCCUUCCCGCGCUUCGCUGUCCCUCCUCUUCUCCGUCCGCGCUUCCUCUUCUCUCGCCAGCAUCACGCGAACCGGAGAAGCCACGCGCGGCAGAUGCGCCAAAAGAAGACGGAACAGAGGGACUCCAGAGAGACGGCGAGGAAACGGCACAAGAGGAGGAGGAGAUCGUCCUGGCAAAGAUGGUUGAGAAAGGCGUGCAAACACCUGAGAAGAGCAAAGAGCCUCUCGACUCGGAUGAUCGCCAAUCUGCAUGCGCGUCAAUUCAACGCGUCCCCAUUGUGGUUCUUCCGACGCUGGCAGAGUCGGACUCGAAUCGCCCUGCUUCUCCCGUGUCUCUCCUUUCGUCUCUCUCGGCUUCUGUUCAGGUCAUUUCUGUCUCUCCGGAGCUCGUGACAGUGCCGGACAAACCUCAGCAGCCGGAGAGUGGCCCGUCUUCUCUCUUUCGCCCCUCGCCUCCGGCCCCGCUUCCUGCGUCGCCUUCGGUGCACGUUUCUGAGCACUCUCCCUUCUCUCUCAAGACAUCGCCUUCGGUGUGCCCUCUGCCUUUGCAACCCAAUCCGCGUCCUGAGGCGUCUUCGAGCCUCGUUCGUUCUCCUUUUUCGUCUGUGGACGAAUCUGCUCCGCGGAAUCCCGCCGCUUCUGUAGGACACUCGUCUCCAGUGCGCCCGUCGUCCCGUCCCUCUCUCUCUGCGCAUCGCGACACACCGUCUCACCCUCACAUGCAAUCUCGUCCCUCUCCUUUGCCAUCUUCCUCUUCGCCUGUGCAUUCUUCCUCUUCGCCUUUUCCAUCUUCCUCUUCGCCUGUGCAUUCUUCCUCUUCGCCUUUUCCAUCUUCCUCUUCGCCUUUGCCAUCUGCCUCUUCUCCUUUGCCAUCGUCCUCUUCGGCUGUUCCAUCUUCUUCUCUUCCUCGUCCUUCUGUUCACGGGACCGCCAAUGCAGCUUCUUCGGUGUCUUCGUCUCCGUCUCCGUCUUCGCCAUUUUCUGCCCUCGAUCCGUUGAACGGCGAUGAACCGCUCUCUCCGCGUCUCCUUUUCGCGUCGGACGACGGCUGCCGCCGCGUCGGCACGGCGUCUUCUCUCGGGGAUUACUUGUCUUCGGUCCGGAGUCGCUUGCUGCUAUGCGGUGAGAAACCAGCCGAAGCUGCCGCGAGUCGCGAGGACGAAUCCGAAAAGGAAAACGGUGGAGGAAAAGAGGACUCCAGAGAACAAGAGGCAGGCGCCGAAGGAGGGAGGCCAACCACAGAGGAAGGCGAGCAAGGCGGUGACGAGAUCGGGAACGAGGAGGCAGGAAACGAACUACAGGAUGUUCCCGAGAGCGGUUUUUUGAAAGACGAAGAAGCGAACACGGAGUCGCAGCUGGAGCCCGAGAAGACAGGAGAAGAGACAGAGCAGAUUAGAGAAAAUGCAGAGAAGUUUGGAGAAGAGGAGAGGGGAGCUGAGAGGGAGGGAGAGGAAGAGAGAAGACACGACGACUCUCCCUCCCCGGUUGAGGGCACUCCGCGUCAGCAUCAAACGCAGAAACCAGAGGAGGAAAGCGAACAACAGGGUGCGUCCGAUUUCCUGAACAUUCACGAAGUCGCUGUCUACGAAGAACCACCGUCUGUAUCAGAAGCCGAAGAGGAGAUCUGUGGAAACCAGAAAGGCGAUCUGUCUCCUACGCAGCGUGUGGAGGACAGACCGGCUUCCGCGUUUUUCCCUCUCGCGUGUCUAGAAAGAGAAACGACGCGAUGUUCAACGUCGACGGGAAAGGAAGAAACCGAGGAAAAAGCCAGCGAAGAGGGGAGAGAAGGAACAGGAGCACAGGACGCACGCAGGGAAAGCACAGGAGAGGGAGACGACACCCGGGAAGAAGUCGUGGAAGAGAGAGAACAAGAAGUGGGAAGGAAACGGGACGAAGCUGAAGAGGAGUCGACACAGAGGCUGGCCAGGGAAGAAAAAGACCACGAAGAACCAGGAGAGCAAGCAGAGGAGAAACGCUAUCCUCUUGGAAGCGCAUUCGAAGAGACGGCAGCCGAGACAAACGAAAAGAAAUUCCUGACGUUCUCCGAGUUUCUGGAGGAGACAAAAAUCGGGGAUACUGGCUUGAUUUUACAAAAGGAAAAGGUCGGUCGAGAAGUUCGUGUCUUUGAAGGCUCCAGCGCAGCCUGGCGUUCGGCCCUCCGACGGGUGGCUUCGGACUGGUCGCGGGAAGCUUUGACGCCAGGAGAGACAGAGAAGGGUCAGGUGAAGAAGACCAGCGACGCGUGGAAGGAGACGUGUGUUGCCGCGACACUGCGCCUCUAUCAAACAGAAGAGAAACUCCUGACUGAGGCAGCGCGUCUGUGUGAGGCCUCUCACGCCUUCGUAGACGCUGCAGCGCCUCGCCCGCCCUGCGAAGAAGAUGUGCAUCGUCUCGCUACGGAGCCAUGGGGAUCGGAGAUCUCGCUAACCGUGGAAGAAAAAGAGAGGACGCUGCAGGACAAGGUUCGUCUGCUCGACAGGAAAAACGAAGAAGUCGACACUCUAAGGAGACAGAUUGAACGGGCAGAACAAGAGACUGAGAAGCGGGCUGAAGAACUCCUUCAUUUCUCUUCCUCUAAUGAAGAUCUUCAACUCUUGGCGGAAAUUCGUCGAAAGCAAGCCAUCGUCGCCGCCUUCGAACAGAUGAGCUGCAUGCAGAUUCUUCAUUUCAAUCCUCGGGGUCUCCUUGUCUCGCUGUCCUGGCCGAAGAGCGCCCUCCCUGCGCUUUCCUCGUCGCGGAAAGUGUAUCUCUCUGGCGAGAAAAGCAAGCUUUUGUUUCCCUUGUUCUCCGCGUUCUUUGAAAGAGAAAAGGCUCGGGAGGGCGAAGGUGGAAGCGAAAAGGACGGAAACGGCGAGUGUUCGGCAGCCCAGAAGAACGGAAGGGACGCGCAAGUCGCUGAGCCUCCUUCGGCCUCGCUCAGCAACCUUCCGGACCUCUCUACGGACACCCGAGUGUCGGGCAAAACAGGGAACCAAAACAGAGACAGCCUCGCUCUUUCUCUCCCUGCGCCGUUUCCCGUCGUUCUCCUUCCUCAUCUUUCGUCUCUGCCUCCCGGCGCGUCUUCUGUCGCUCCCCCUUCUUCUUUUUCUUCUGCGUGUUCUCCGCUUUCGUGGCCGCCACCGACGAAAGUGUGCAUUUUGUGGCGACAGCCGCUCUGCGGCAGAGUGGCGAGGAAAGAGGAUCUUUCUGUCUCCGCGAGCGGGGCAGUGGAGACCGCAGCCCCGACGUCGCCGUCUCCAGCCUUCUUUGCGCAGAAGGAGAGUAACGGUUUCGGGGAACACGGGGAGAGCGCCAAGAGCGGAAUUCUUCGCGUGCAUAAACUGGGGGACUCCAGCUGGAAGCCGCGCAGAGAGGAACGGUGGGGGAACCGAGAGGUCGAGAAUCAAGAGAAGAAGCGAGACGUGAAGAGCGGGGGAAAUGGGAGGGAAGAGGGCUAUCUCGCGGCGUCUGUGCACGCACAGUCUGUCUGCCGCACUCGCAGAAUAGAGGACAGAGAACGAGAUGCCGGAAAGGAGAACGCGAGUGAAAAGGCGGAGAGGGGCGAAGAGAAGCAAAGGCCUGCGGAACUGUAUGAGGCGCGCUUAAUCACGCGCUUUCCCUAUCUUGCCGCCCAGAAAGAAGAGGCCAAGAACAUCCAUAAGAGGAAGGGAAAACUUACGGAGGAGCGUGGCAACAAACGACGUCGGGGAGCCUGUGGGGAAGUGCGGUCGUGUCCGACCUCGCAGUCCCCCUUUCCCGCGGAAAAGAACGGAAAGCCAGAGCGAAGAAACGGGGUGUCUGUACAGGAUAAGUGGCGAGUCGAGAUGGACCGUUUCCGCCGCAAAACCAUGCAACUCGCCCAGAAGGGCCUUUCGGAUCUUCUGCUUUCUCUUCAGCCUUCUCUCGCCCUGCCUUCUGUGCUCGGCGGGGCGCCGUCUCUUCCAGCUUCUGAUUUUCUUCUCCACGCGUUCCCUCCGGGCUCUCCAGAUUCGCGGGAACCUCGAAAGGAAGCAGAGAGCGGAGGACGAAGAAAGUCGAUUUCCUCGUCGCUCGCAGUCUCAGCGAGUCGGCGGUCGAGUGUAUGUACACUCGGUUCCUCAGUCGAUCUGUCUUCUUCUGUCGCAGCCUCCUCUUCCCCUCUGAGGUUUGCAGCGCAGGAAGAGCGCGAGGACCAGCACCGAGCCGUCGAGUCUUCGCUGCCCCGGGGCCGUUUGCAGGGGCAACGGACAGGAGACGGAGACGCGCCUUCUCUGGAAAUCUCUUGUUUCUCUCGCGUGUCCGAGGAGAAACCGCCCUCGUUCUUUCCCGACAUGUGGAGUGUACGUACACUGCUGUUGCAAGCGCACACGGCUGUCGGCCGGGUCGCGCUUCUCCACGACCAAUUCCUUCUCUUUCUUCUCCGAUUCCGCACAUUGACGCAAGUGUCUUAUCUUUCUGUAAAGGCCGGCGCUUCGGCAAAGCCUUCGAAGGUUUCAGAGAACCUCGUGCGACAGCCAAACGACGAAUCUGAGCGAAGUGACACCGGAGACCAGAGCUCGUGCGAAGGAGAGAGAGAAGCUGUGGUUCUCGCAGUCCGAACUGCGCUCACUCCACAAGAUGCUGAGAUGCCUUCUCUCUGGCUGCACAUCGAGAUCGACUUGAAUGAAGCUAUGCACCGAGGGUCGUUGCUCCUGGGAGUGAAGGACGUAACUGUGGAACCUAUCGACGAAGAAGAUCAAGGUUUCCCCGACACGGAAAGUGCGACCGUCGCGCUCCUCCAGUGCCUGCAAGAUCACCUCAACUCUCUUUGGGACUCCGACGGGUGUUUGGCGCCUGCAGGCGAGGCAGUUGCCUUCAAAGACGAAGUUUUUCUGCAGUGGAUCCUCCACGCGGCGAUCGAAUGUGGCUACGACCGAACGCUUUGGGUCGACGGGUUUCCUGCGUCCACGUCGAUCGGUUCCUUCUUCGAGAAGAAGCGAGUCUUGGAAACGCUUUUUCGAGAGAAACGGACGCCCGUGGAUCGGAGUCGAGGUGCGAAGACAGCUGCCUGA